UUCCAACCCAAAGCAUUCCAUGAGCAUCAUCCCCAAGUUGCAGAUGGUGCCACUGAGACGCACAAAAAUCCUUUGGCCCUCUCAGAAUCAAUGCUGGGCCUUAGUGGGAGCCCAGGCAUGGAAAACUCCAGCUCUUUUCUCCAGCUGGGCUCUCCAAAGUCUAAUUCAAACUUGGCUUGGAUUAAUCCCUCUUCCUCAAUCGUGCACAAAGAAACCUCCUUCCCUGCAUCAUUCAUCAGUGCCCUCCCUGCAAAGAGCAGCUUCUGCUCUUGGUAUUUGAAUUUUGGGAGCUUAUUUAACAAUUUCCUCUUCUUUUUUCUCUCCACAGCUUGACUCAGCUGCAUGAAAUAUGGGUGACGACAGGCCGUUUGUGUGCAAUGCCCCCGGCUGCGGACAGAGGUUUACAAACGAAGACCACCUGGCUGUUCAUAAACACAAGCAUGAGAUGACAUUGAAAUUCGGCCCCGCUCGGACCGACUCAGUCAUCAUCGCAGAUCAGACUCCGACCCCGACUCGGUUCUUGAAGAACUGUGAAGAAGUGGGACUCUUCAAUGAACUGGCCAGCUCCUUUGAGCACGAGUUCAAGAAAGCUGCAGAGGAUGAUGAGAAAAAGAGUGCUGGAGCCCUGGACAUGUCUCUGCCCUCCACCCCAGACAUCAAGAUAAAGGAGGAGGAGCCGGUAGAGGUGGACUCAUCCCCACCAGACAGCCCUGCCUCUAACCCACAGUCGCCACAGAACAAGGAGAAGGAGAUCACCUCCAAGCCUGUCAUCAUUUCUACACCUACUCCAACCAUCGUGCGACCCGGCUCGCUGCCCCUCCACUUGGCUUACGACCCGCUCCACCCUACGCUGCCUUCCCCAACCUCUGUCAUCACCCAGGCUCCCCCUUCCAACAGACAGCUCGGGUCUCCCACAGGAUCCCUGCCCCUUGUCGUGCAGCUUGCAAAUGGACAGACCAUGCCCGUGCUCCCAGGCCCUCCCGUGCAGAUGCCUUCUGUUAUAUCGCUGGCUCGGCCGAUGUCCAUGGUGCCAAACAUUCCCGGGAUUCCUGGGCCGCCCAUCAACAGCAGCGGGUCCAUUUCCCCGUCAGGACUUCCAGUGCACUCUGAAGCCAAAAUGAGGCUGAAGGCCAGCUUGGCGGCGUCUUCCUCACUGAACGGCAGCAACCUGGUGGUGGGCUCAGCCAGCACGAUGGUGACCGCACGUCCGGAACAGAGUCAGAUCCUUGUCCAGCACCCUGAUGCCCCUUCCCCAGCUCAACCACAGGUUUCCCCAGCCCAGCCCACCCCCAGCACCGGCGGGCGGCGGAGGCGCACGGUGGAUGAAGACCCGGAUGAGCGCCGGCAGCGGUUCCUGGAGCGGAACCGGGCAGCAGCCUCCCGCUGCCGUCAGAAACGCAAGCUCUGGGUGUCCUCCCUGGAGAAGAAAGCUGAGGAGCUCACGACCCAGAACAUCCAGCUGAGCAAUGAAGUUACGCUACUGAGGAACGAAGUUGCUCAACUCAAGCAGCUCCUGCUGGCUCACAAGGACUGCCCCGUCACUGCACUACAGAAGAAGACACAGGGCUAUCUUGAAAGCCCAAAGGAGAGCUCGGAGCCCACGGGCUCCCCUGCUCCCGUGAUCCAGCACAGCUCCGUGACGGGCUCUCCCAACGGGCUCAGCGUGCGCUCGGCAGCAGAAGCCGUUGCCACCUCGGUGCUGACGCAGAUGGCGAGUCAAAGGACAGAACUGAGCCUGCCGGUCCCGUCACACGUCAUCAUGGCCCCACAGUCCCAGUCUGCUGGCAGAUGAUGUCCCAGCCUGGGGCGUGUGACACGGAGCUCCCCGCCGACA